UGAAAUAGUGAGCGAAUGGACGCAUAGAGUGUUUGUUUCGACAUUUCGCUCAUAUCUCACUUGUUUUGAACCAAACAUUAAUCGCUUUAUUCAUAUAAACAGUGAGACAGUGAAAGACAACACAUUGGACCAACUCUUCGUCUCAUUAUAACCCUCUCUGCCAUUCAUUGUAGUCAACGACACAACUGUGAAAAUGUCUGCACUUUACCCGUCACUCGAGGACAUGAAAGUGGACCAAAUGAUGAGAGCACAGCAACAACAGCCAUAUGUGGUGCCAUCGGUGGCCUACCCGUCGCCCCCAUCGGCGCCGUACCCAACACUCGGCAACGGAUCUUCGAUCUUGCAGUUGAACGGCGAAAACGUGGCCGGAUUUACCACCGAUAAGGUGCACGACAUCAUCAAGAAGUCGGCCGUCAAUGACAUACAUCUGGUGGUGAGAGACCGACCCUUCGAGCGAGUGGUGACUCUGCAUAAGGACAGUGUGGGUCACGUGGGCUUCACCUUCAAGAACGGCAAGAUUAACGCCAUUGUUAAGGACUCGUCAGCCGCACGCAAUGGUCUGCUCACUGAACACAACUUCUUGGAGAUCAACGGACAGAAUGUGGUCGGAAUGGACGACAAAGCCAUUCGUAAUGUCAUUGACUCGGCCGGCGAUGUCAUUACUCUUACAAUUAUGCCAUCGUUUGUCUUCGAGCAUAUGAUGAAGCAAAUGGCCACCAGUUUAGUGAAAAGAUUAAUGGAUCACUCGAUUCCUAAUAAGUGUGUAAAUGAGGACAACUGUAUGAGCGGAUCAAUGAUGACGUUUGACAUGAAUCUCGCACUUCAGACAGUGGCGAAUCUGAAGAAAGCGAUUGCAAUUCAGUGUGAAAUCCCUGAAGAGAAACAGGUUUUGCUGAUCAGUGGCGGAGAGAGUCUUAAUAUGACGGCCAGAGUGUGUUCGUACGGCUGUUCCGGGACUGACACGAGUCCUAUAUUCCUCUUCAGUAAGAACUCGAUAGAGAGUCUAAAUCCACCGAAAUGUGUGACUGAAUACGACCCGGACGUGGAUAUGGCGGACAGAGUGAAGAGUUGUGUUGACAUGAAUCCCAGUAUCCAUACAGUGGUGGCCAGGGCUGAGAUGGCACAACAGCUCCACGAGAUGGCUAAACAGCAGUUCCAUAACUGCGAGCGAUUAGUACACGACCAGCACCUCCAGCAACAGGGAUGGGCGGCAGUGGUCGCCAAUCUCGAAGACAUCGCCAACUCCUUCUCCAACAGCGCUCUUCAGUUGGAGGAGAAGUUCAAUGAGUUUAUCGAAGAAAAAGACUUUUUUACGAAUUUAUUACAAAAUUUCAAUGAUGACAUCAACACCUUAUCAAUGAUACCAUUAUUACGUAAUUUGAUAUCAAGUGAUAUGAGGACUCCUGAUGAGACACAGGAGUCAAUGAAUCUGUUGGAGUGGAUCAGUCAGAGGGACAACCAAAACAGUUUGGAGCAGUUGUCUGAACACUGCGGCCGAGGCUUAGAACAGUUGGAUUUGGAACAGCUCUCCAAAGUGAAGGAUGAGGUGAAGGAAGUGAUGGAGUCUUGCAAUCAGUCCAAUAUGAAGGAAGUGAAGGGAUUGGAGGAGCGGUUAUACGGACUCGAGAAGUUGAUGUGCGAGUCCAAGAAGAUUGUGGACGAACAGCGAGAUCUGGCGCAGGCCUUCUACCAGAACCAGACGCGCGCCGCCAACCUCAGGGACCCAUCCAUUCUGCCCGACUUGUGCGCCAGUCAUCAGCAACAGCUUCAGGUGAUGCUUAAGAACCAUCAAAAGCUGCGCGACAUUAGGCGCAGGUGUGCGCGCGCUAAGGAGGAACUGUCCGGUAAUCUUCACGCACGCCUUCGAUGGAUUGUCUUCAUUGAGAAAAGACUUUCCGAAAUCGACGCCAAAGUGUUGAUAUAUCGCGAAAACAUCCGCCGAUUGGAAAAGCACUUGAAAGUUGUCCAUCAGAUUCAUUUGGCGCCCAAAAUAUAUUUGGCAUCAGUUGUCGAAGUGGUCAGACGUAAGACAUUUUCAGAUGUAUUCCUCCGUUGGGCCACAAGUUUGGCGGAAAACUCAUCAAAAUUGGUCGAAAAUGAGAUCCAAAUGAGACAAUCGUUUUCAACUCAAUUGGACUCACAUUUUCUGCAGAUUUUGUUUCCCGGAAUGAAUGACAUUCCGCCGCGUUUUGCAAAUGAGUCGCCCCUUCCUUUCGACACAGAUUUACCAAAUCUUAGCGAAUCUGAUGUCAACUUUCUUCGCACACAAUUACCCGACUUAAUCGGUCUGUUGUGCGUGCCUUCGCCUGUGCCUAUGCCUCAACCGUCCACUCAAUCCGAGUCAACAGUCGGUGCCAUUGUGUCGAAACCCAGCGAAUCAGACACUGAAGAGUACGAUACGGUUAACGAAGAAUUCGAUAAUAAGGGUUCGGCUAAUGAAUUGCAAUUAAAGCAAACGCUAAAUCUCAAGACAUCAUUUGCAGAGCAAUACAAUGAUCUUCGAGACGAGUAUUUAUCAUCUUUUGAUUCAAUGAAACAACAGUUAAAUGAUUGGGUUAUUCUACAAGAGAAGCAAUUGUCUGAAAAGCAAUUAGAGUUUAACGAAAGUUCGGAGGAAUACAAGAAUAAGAUAUCAAAUCUGGAAAAUUCAAAUCUUUCGCUAAACAACGAAAUCGAUUCUCUGAGACAAGAGAUGGAAAAGUUACGCAAAGAUAACCAGUGUUUGAAUGAACAAAUCAAUGAUAAAGACGCGGAAAUAAAUGAAUUGAAAGCUGAGAUUUUGGAGAACAAGAAACAGUUGACUUUAGAGCAUGAGUUAGAAAUUACUUCUUUGAAUGAAGAGAUGGAGAAAAUGAAUGAAUUAAAGCAAACACUCGAAGACACAGUGAAUGAGAAAAACUCUGAAAUGAUGGCUUCGAGACAAAAUUUCGAGAAAUUAGAGUCGGAUUUAUUGGUUCGUUUCCAAGAAGAGAAAGAUUUAUUGAAAAACUCUUUGAAUCAAGACUUUAAUGACAGAGAAGAGACCCAAAGAAAUGAAUUUGAGACUAAACUCAAGCAAUUGGAGAGAAAUAACGAGUCGGUUAUCAAUGAAUUGCGUUUAGAUAUGGAAAACCAAAAGACAAAGAGUUUGAUUGAAUUGAAGGAUAAGUUGGAUUCGGAGCACAAACACGAAAUGGAAUGUCUUCGGCAUCGGUUCAAACUGGCCAUCAGUACGACAUCUAUUGAACGGACCCCUUCUGAGACCAGUCUUGAGAAAGUGAAUCUGGAUGUGAUCGACCAGUUGGCACAGGAACGGGAGGUCCAGAAACUCAAGCAAUUGAUUUUGGAUGAGAAGAACAGAUACGAAGAACUGCUCAUUAGAUCAAAGAAGGAGAGAGAAGACGAGAUGAAAGCAAUGAAGUCAGAGAUGGCGGCCAAAUGUCAGGUCAACUUCAAUGAGGCUCUUAAUAAGUUGUCGAACGAAAGGGAACUCUUAGCCCAUGAAUUGACUCAAAAAGACAAUUGUCUUCAUUCUUCACUUUCCGCUAUAAAUGAUAUCAUUUCUAAAUUUCAGUCGUCAGAAAUGAGCGAUAAAACUGAAUCACAAAUCAUUAAAGACAAAGAAUUAGAAAUCAGUCGAUUAAACAAGAUUUUGCGGGACUCGGAGAUGGGUCAGUCCUCAUCAGCCAUUGGACGCAUUGAAAGGGUGUCCGUUUUGGGGUAA